UGGAUAGUGGAUGCAAAAUGCAACAGGCACGCCCACGUCAUCUCAUCACCACCACCCAUUCGGAUUCUCCUCUGUAAGUGUAACCACUUCCACAGUUCCACUUCACUUUCCACUCUCCUUCAUUCCUCACCUCACAACUCUUUCUUCUGCUUCUCAAUCACACUGCAACCCUUUUCAUAGCUCCCAAAAUGUCCCUCUGCUACACCAACUUCAUCUCACUUCACUCCCUCAACCAUCAAAACCUUUCCUUAACCUUCUCUCCAGAGUCCCAUCACUCCAUCAACCUAUUUCCUGUCAGGCCUCGGAAACCGCACCACCCCAUCAACUCCACCGCAGAAAGGUUCAAACUUUUUGCCUCUCUCACGCCAUCCCAAGCAGUUGAGACCACCCCAUCAAGUUUCAGGAGCAAGAGCCCCAAAGAUGUCAACGUCUUGGUGGUGGGUUCAACUGGGUACAUUGGAAAGUUUGUGGUGAGAGAGUUGGUUAAGAGAGGCUUCAAUGUCACAGCCAUUGCUAGAGAGAAGAGUGGAAUUAGGGGUAGCAGUGAUAAAGAUCAGACUUUGGCUCAGCUAAGAGGGGCCAAUGUGUGUUUCUCAGAUGUUACAAAUUUGGAUGCUUUGGAGGAAUCUCUGAAUGGUUUGGGGAAUUCCUUUGAUGUUGUUGUGUCAUGUCUUGCUAGUAGAAAUGGAGGGGUUAAGGACUCGUGGAAGAUUGAUUAUGAGGCAACAAGGAAUAGUCUUGUUGCUGGAAGAAAACAUGGGGCUUCUCACUUUGUGUUGCUUUCAGCAAUAUGUGUGCAGAAACCCCUCCUUGAGUUUCAGCGUGCUAAGUUGAAGUUUGAGGAUGAGUUGAUGAAGGAGGCUGAGGAGGAUGGUGGAUUUAGUUAUAGUAUAGUGAGGCCAACUGCAUUUUUCAAGAGUUUGGGGGGUCAGGUUGAGUUGGUGAAGGAUGGGAAGCCUUAUGUUAUGUUUGGAGAUGGGAGGUUGUGUGCUUGUAAGCCCAUAAGUGAGGCAGAUUUGGCUUCUUUCAUUGUGGAUUGUGUGCUGAGUGAGGACAAAGUUAACAAGGUGUUGCCAAUCGGAGGGCCAGGGAAGGCAUUGACUCCUUUGGAACAAGGGGAGAUUUUGUUUAGGCUAUUGGGAAAGGAGCCAAAGUUCCUGAAAGUUCCAAUAGGGAUCAUGGAUUUUGCCAUUGGGGCUCUUGACUUUCUGGUUAAGAUCUUUCCUUCAUUGGAGGAUGCUGCUGAGUUUGGGAAAAUUGGAAGGUACUAUGCGGCGGAGAGUAUGUUGCUUCUGGAUCCUGAGACUGGAGAGUACAGUGCUGAGAUGACACCUAGCUAUGGGAAUGAUACAUUAGAAGAGUUUUUUGCAAGGGUUCUGAGGGAGGGGAUGGCUGGUCAAGAGCUAGGUGAGCAAACAAUAUUUUAACAUGGUUGUGGUUAGAUAUGUAAGAACACAAUAAGUCAAUUAGAGCAACCAGUUUUGUUUCUGUAAAUGUAUGUAUUCAGCUAGAGUCACUGUAAUGCUUACAAGUUCAGGCAUUGUUGAAAGAAAGUCAAAUCUCUGGAAAUGAAUUAUUAUUGAAGAUUCAUUCUUCAAUUGCAUUGCACUAUCAUUCCCCUGUUAAUAAAUUGCUUAAUGCUAUA